AUGUUUUCACCCUACUUGACAUUAUUUUUGGUUCGAAACGAACAAAAGGUAAGGUUUAUACAUCAAUUUUGUCUUUAGUUCUAAUUUUCUCAAGGUUUUUAUCAGUGAACGCAGUUUGUUGAUAAGCUCGUAGUGAUCGUCUAAUGGAACAGGUUCUUGAAUUUAAGUUUUGCUUAUUUACUGCGUUGUAUCUUUUAUUUUUCGCGCGAUUUUGCGUCUACAACAACAUGAUCUCAAAUAAGACUCGUUCAAUCUAACCUUGGCUAUCUAAAUUGUGUUCGCGUCUACAGCUUUUGUAGUCUUUAUUUCUUUACAUUGUUUCAUAGAUAUUUUGAGCGAUAGAUUUUUAUUUCUGAACGAUUUUUUAGCGAACGAACGACAAUGGAGAACAUAUCGGAUGUCUGGGGAUUUGUACGAAGAAACCGAGGUAAAUUGGCCGCUGUAGGCACUGUUAUUGGUGGUAUUUAUGCAGCAAAAAAGGUGUUAGAAAGCGAACAAGUUAGACCUUAUGUUAGAGACACUUGGCCGUUCCUGAAUGUGGCAGCAAGCGAAGAACAGGACGAUCACAAGCUUUUGCAGGUAGGUUAACAUAUAUUUUUGUUGAUGUUUAGGAUUUUUGCAAGAUGAUUGCUGAAGAAUCGUAUUUUCGUAGUUUGAUUGGAUAAUUAUACAUCUGAUUAACUAAUUUUAGUCAAGAAAAACAUUCAUAUUCGACUGCCAUCAACAAUCAAGUGACAAAGAGAUAGCCGAGACCAUUGAUGAUCUUUAUGCUGCCAUAAACCGAAGAUUUAACACAGAAGCUCUUGUUGAGAGAUUACGAACUGAAGAAGGCAUACCACAGGGGGAAAAGAUUGCAAUUUGGGAAGAUAUAAAGGUAAUUAUAAUAUUUCGUAAGCUUUUAUUGUUUUAGGUACUAACUAUUGCUCGGAUCAUCGCUUUGUCUUAUUAUCACUCGCUUGUGAUUAUGGUAUUGAAAACGCAGAAGAGUAUAUUGUGUAAAGAAGCCAUUAGAAACUUGGAAAGUUCAAUGAAACCGAAAAAUGGAAUGUAAGUUUGAUUUUUGUUGUGUUUUGUGGUUUAGGUAUAUUGCACUUGAAAAUUGAAGAGAUGUGAUGUUUUGAGGGUUAUCUUUGGUGUGUUUUCAUAAUAUUAUAUUAAUUUUCAGAGUAGGCUAUGUCUCAGCUUUCUUUUUCGAACCAGCUAAUGGCAAAGCUCAAGUUUUCACUGAUCCAAAAGCUCAAGAAGUCUUCUUACAUUGCAUUCAGUAUCUAACAUGUAACGGAUUAGCCGAUUUAUUUAACAGAAUUGAAAAUAUCACCAGAAAACGAGUUGGUCAAGUUUCAUUGGCCAAGCAAUUCGAUUGUCAAGGCUUGUUGAUGUUGUUGGAGAAGAUUAAGUUUGAUUUGGAUAAUUCAGCAGGAUCGUCAAAUUUUGUAGAGUUUGUCGUGCCUAUCUCUAGGGUAAGUUGGGAGAUUUAGGCAAUAAAGGCUUUACAGUUUUUUUGCUUGUUAUGUCAUUUUUAAAUUUGUUUAUAGUCAUGGGCUUUAGCUAUAUUAUACUUGAUGUUUCAGCUUCAAACUCCGAGUUCCUCCGCUUACAAUUCAGCGCAUCUGGAGGAAUUAUUGACGAAACUGACAGAAUCCUUCCAAACCAGCAAUGCCCGUUCCCUAAUGUCUUCAUUCGUGAAGAAAUACUUGUAUGAAGCUAUGGAUUUACUGGAACAAGAACUCGACACUAUUAAACCAUUGCCUCUGGCUAAAUUAUUGCCAACUUUGAAUGACGGUUUUUCAAAAUUGGCUUCAACUGAAUACGACUCGGUUUUACAACGAAAUUUGGCCGAUCCUGAUUUAUACAAAUAUUGUCAGACUGUUUGUUACGAUUGA